CUCUUUGGGUCGCAGGUUGAUGACGUAAGCUGCUAGCUGGAAGCCGUUGCUGAGGCAGCAGCUGCUCUCAGGUGUUUCAUAUGUCGCUAAAACACCGGACAGUCUCCUUAGAAGCAGGGUUUACUGUAAACUCACCAUGUCUUGGUUCAAAUCGGUGUCUGUCAGCGGAGAAGACGUGUUCGACGAGAAUGGAGACGAGCUGAAUUUACAGAGUAAAGAGUGGACGUCCAACAUGAAGAAGCGGAUCAAGGACGGGUAUGUGGAGGGAGUGGAUGCCGGGGAGGAGGCCUCACUUCAGGCCGGAUUCAGCCAGGGCUUCAGGGAGGGAGUAGCUCAGACUGCAGCUGUGGGUCGCCUCAAAGGAAUAAUCAGCGCUAUAUCGUGCUGGUGCCAGAUUGAGCGUCCGGAAAACCCCGUCCCAGCCUCUGUGACCGACCUGCUGCAGCUGGUCACGCAGCACGAGGACCGGGUCGUGGACAGCAUCAAGAGGGCUUUAGAGAAUCCUCCUCCCAGCGUGAGCGACGUCUCCGAGAGCAUGGAGGACCUGGAGGUGGAAGCUGGUCCAGGCUGCGGUGGAGAGGAGUGUAAAGAGACAGACUGCUGCCAGAGAGCAGAAAGCAUGGACUGGGACACUCGACAAAAGCCACAAAAGCUCCGUUCAAGGUCAGCCGACUGCUCCUCAGGCUCAGGUCUGAGCCUCCUCCUGCAGCGCUGUGUGGACGUAGCAACGGAGCUCAGACUGCCACAGGAGCUGAUCGCCCACAUGCAGGAGCUGAAGAGCUUCCAGUGACCAAAACAUCUGGGAACAAUCAGAAACAAAACGAGUUUGAACGAUGGGAAUACUGGAAUUGUGAAACACAGCAGGUUUUAGUUUGAAUUUUAUGUAUAUAAUGUAAAAUAGGAUUUUUGCAUUUUCAUAAAUUGAUGUUUUAAAAAAGUUUGAAAAUAAACAUAAGAUUUCCUACCACA